AUGGAGAGUUUCACUACGUCAAAGUGUGUUUCCGUAGUACAUCACUUAUUCAGCACUGUGUUUUUGGAAGGUACGCAAUUUCAGAAAAGAGAAAAAAAAUUACGGAAGUGUACUGCUGCUGUUUAUCGAAGAGAACUGGAACGAUUGAGAUUCACUUUGAAAACAAAACCUUGGCUAAAGGCUAUGAAAGCAAGUGAAACCAUGGUGUCUUGGUGUGAACAGUUCCAUGACUAUGAUCCUUUUAUAUCAACUCCACAACCUAGUAAUCCAUGGAUAUCUGAUGACACUAAUUUAUGGGUGUUAAAUACUGAUUCGGUGGAAGUGCCGACCGAACGACGGGUUAAACGGUGGGGCCUUUCUGUACAAGAACUCGUUCGUGAUCCUAUUGGACGACAAGUUCUUGAAACAUUCCUAGAAAGCGAGUUUUCCUCUGAAAACAUACGGUUUUGGAUGGCCAUUCAAGAUUUGAAAUUUUCUGCGAACGAGCAAGUAGAAAGGAAGGCACAGCACAUUUAUGAAGAAUUUUUGUCGCCUGGUGCUCCUUGUCAGGUAAAUGUCGAUUCACGUACUCUAGAUGCUACAAUGAAAUCACUGGAGGAUAAGUCAGUAGCCAGACGACAUGCAUUUUCCCCAGCUGAAGAGCAUAUAUUCACCUUGAUGAGCAAAGAUUCGUAUCCACGAUUUUUACAUUCCCAAAUCUACAAAGGAGUACUUUCGGCAGCUCAGCAACAAGGCUCAAAACAUCUUGGUUGGCGAAAUUUCGUAUUCAAUAUGGGUAAUCAGAAGAAGAUGCCAGCUGCGGCCAAACAACAUAAAAUAAGUCGUGAUGAUAAUUCCCAUAUUUCACUUCCAAAACAGCUCAGUUCCGAUUCUCUUUCAGUAGCAAAGGCACAAACACAAAGGAUAUCAGCAGAAUCUUUUGCAACUAUAUCGAACACAUAA